ACCAAAAUGCCUUCCAACAAAGUUCUCUUCCUGGUUUUCGGUGUCCUGGCCCUGGUGUUUGCCGUCAGCAUGUCCGCCGAGGUAGCCGAACGGGACAGCGAUGUCAUCAGCGACCGUCGCUACCGUUGGCCAUCUUCUGAGCAAGGUUCGGAUGAAGAAGAUGACCACGAAGAUGACGAUGAUGUCCAAGAUGGUGACGAUCAGGACGACAGCGAUGAGUUCGAGGAAAUCGAAAUCUGGGAACUGGCCCCCGAAAGUGGGGAGAGCUCCGAAAGUGUAGAGGGAAGCGAGGAAAGCGGUUCCCACGAAGCCUAA